AUGGCAUUCAAGGAGGCCUUCGCCACCAUAGUCACUUCCCCUCCCGUCGAGUCUCCCGAGCCACUUCCGCCCUCCGAAGACGUUCCACUGGAAGACGGAACCGACGUCGUGGAUGACGAGCGUUCCUGGACCUCCUCCCCCGCUUUCUCAGAGGAGCCUCUCCCGGAUGUCUUUGGGCUUGAGCACGACCCCAAUAUAGAGGCACGCAUUCCUCUUGUCGACCUAUGGUCAGACCUCGAGAAUCACAUUUCCGCCGACACCAUCACUGAUCCCAGGGAGUUUGAGGAAGAGGUCCGGCAAGUUCAGUCGAUCGUCGAUGAAGCUAUCGGUCGUCUAUACGAGGCUGGAAAACCAAUUCCGGAUCCACGGCAUUUCGCGCAGAACGCACAACUGCACGCAGUACCGCCUUCAGACACAGCGCCCGGACAGGUGGGUGGUACUAAGUCGAUCGCUACCGCAGUUGUUGGAGGGGAUACUAACAAGCCGCGUCCUAAUCCAAAGAUGUCCGACUUUCUAAGUUCAUUGCUGAGGUCACUAGGACAGCGGCUCUUUGGUCGCAUUCAGUAG